UGGACUCCGGGCAGAGGCACAUCGGGCUGGACUCCGGGCAGAGGCACAUCGGGCUGGACUCCGGGCAGAGGCACAUCGGAUUACCAGGCGGGGCGACAGGCAUCGGGCCCCCAGGCGGGGCGACAGGCAUCGGGCCCCCAAGCGGAGCGGUGGGCGCCAGGCCCCCAGGAGGGGCGACAGGCAUCGGGCCCCCAGGCGGGGCGACAGGCAUCGGGCCCCCAGGCGGGGCGACAGGCAUCGAGCCCCCAGGUGGGGCGACAGGCAUCGGGCUCCCAGGCGGAGCGACAGGUCUCGGGCCCCCAGGCGGAGCGGAGGGCGCCGGACCCCCAGGCGGAGCAACAGGUCUCGGGCCCCCAGGCGGAGCGGCAGGCGCCGGACCCCCAGGCGGAGCGACAGGUCUCGGGCCCCCAGGCGGAGCGGCGGGCGCCGGACCCCCAGGCG